UAAAUGGCUUUUCAUUCAUUCCUUUCUUCUCUAAGGAAGAAAAAUGUGGCCUCUAUAUCUUGUAGCAUUGGUCAUUAUUCUUCCAACAUUUUUGGCUUAUAGAUGGAAGAAUCCUACAUGCAAUGGAAGGCUUCCACCAGGUUCAAUGGGGUUGCCACUUGUUGGUGAGACCCUUCAGUUCUUCUCUCCUAACACUUCUGAUGACAUUUCUGCCUUCCUCAAGCACAGGAUCAAAAGGUAUGGAUCAAUAUUCAAGACUAACUUGGUGGGGAGACCAGUGGUGGUAUCAACAGACCCUGAUUUGAAUUACUUCAUAUUCCAGCAAGAGGGACAAGUGUUCCAGAGUUGGUACCCUGAUACAUUCACAGAGAUCUUUGGGAGACAGAAUGUAGGAUCAUUACAUGGAUUCAUGCACAAGUACCUCAAGAAUAUGGUGCUGAGUCUCUUUGGUCCUGAAAGUCUUAAGAAGAUGAUCUCUGAGGUUGAACAUGCAGCAUGCACUUACUUACAACACUGGUCAUGCCAGGACACUGUUGAACUUAAAGAAGCAACAGCCACUAUGAUAUUUGAUUUAACUGCCAAAAAACUCAUCAGUUAUGACUCCAAGAAUUCAUCAGAGAAUCUAAGGGAGAACUUUGUUGCAUUUAUACAAGGACUUAUCUCCUUCCCUCUUGACCUACCAGGAACAGCAUAUCAUAAAUGUCUUCAGGGUAGGAAAAAGGCAAUGAAGAUGCUGAAGAAGAUGCUUGAAGAAAGAAAAGCAAAUCCAAGGAAAGAGCAUAGUGAUUUCUUUGACUAUGUAGUUGAAGAAGUCAAGAAAGAGGGAACAAUCCUCACAGAAGCCAUAGCCUUAGACCUCAUGUUUGUCCUCCUCUUUGCAAGCUUCGAAACCACUUCUCUCGCAAUCACUUACGCCUUCAAAGUUCUCUCUCACAAUCCCUUGGUCCUCAAGCAAUUACAAGAAGAACAUGAAUCCAUACUCAAAAGACGCAAAGAUCCUAACUCCGGAGUCACAUGGAAAGAAUAUAAAUCAAUGACAUACACAUUUCAGUUCAUUAAUGAAACUGUGAGACUUGCAAAUAUAGCUCCAGGAAUUUUUAGAAAGGCUCUAAGGGAAAUUAAUUUCAAAGGAUAUACCAUACCAGCAGGUUGGGGAGUAAUGGUGUGUCCCCCAGCUGUUCACUUAAGUCCAGCCAAAUAUCAAGAUCCUCUCUCCUUCAACCCUUCCAGAUGGGAGGGAAUAGAAUUGAAUGGUGCAACCAGACAAUUCAUGGCUUUCGGCGGCGGCAUGAGAUUUUGUGUUGGAGCAGACUUUUCUAAGGUUCAGAUGGCUGUCUUUAUUCAUUGCUUGGUGACCAAGUACAGGUGGAACCCUAUCAAAGGAGGGAAUAUUAUUAGAACGCCUGGAUUACAAUUUCCAGAUGGAUUUCAUGUUCAGAUGAUUAAAAAUGAUCAAAGUAAUCAAGAAUCAGAAUGUACCAUCACAACUUAGAAACCAAAACACUCCCACAUUAUGGUAGGAAAUUACAUUGAACACCUUCUCAAUCUUUGGUAUUUUCUAGGGGCGGCAACCGGGCCGAAACCUGCCCGACCGGCUUGCAUAGCUCGCCAAAAAAAAAAGGCAGGUCGAGAUAAAAUUUGAGGCCGCUAUAAUAAAAGGUCCGUCAAACCCGUAUUGCCUAAUCCAUGAUAAUUGAAUUUGGAACGUUAUUUUUAUGCUUGUAUUUGGAAUGUUUGUUUGUUUUACUCCAAGUUAUAAUUUGGACCAUGUUUGAUUGAUUAGAAACUUGGACAAUGUUUAAUUAUAUAUUUUGGACAAUGUUUGUUUUA